AAUAUAACAACUCGUGUUAAGACUAUGAGUGCCACCGCAUGUGUUGUGCGUAAAAUCAGUAGCUCUUUGAUCCCCAAAGUUAGACAUUUUAGUUCAUUAUAUUCCAUUACUUUGUCAUCUGGUACCAAAGAGACGAUGGGAAGGAAAAAGAGACGUAUAAGGAAUCAGCAGAAGAAGGAGGGAGGCGAUGGUAAAGACGGUGCUAAAGACAAUGGCAAAUGGCGUUACUCUAACAACAGCGGUCAAGCAGGAGCUGGAUACGCUAGCGUCGUCAUGAAUAACCCAGCCUUUGAAAAAUAUUACAAGGAGCAAAAUAUAGUGCCUGAGGGGGAGUGGGACCAGUUCAUGACUUGUCUAAAAGCACAUCUACCUGCAACCUUCAGGAUCACAGGAUUUAGAGGUCAAGCAGCCCAGGUGCUGAGGUACCUUAAAGGAGAAUGUUUCAAUGAGCUGCUGAAGUCUGAAGCAGAAGACGCAAAGGAAACAAGACCAUCGGCAAUACCAUGGUAUCCUGAUGACUUGGCCUGGCAGAUCGGCCUAAGCAGGAAGAACAUCCGUAAGAUGCCAACCUUGGAGAAACUUCAUCUAUUCCUCAUCUCUGAGACUGAGAGUGGUAACAUAAGUCGUCAGGAGAGCGUGAGCAUGAUUCCGCCUCUCUUACUCCAGGUCAAACCUCACCACAAGGUCCUGGACAUGUGUGCCGCUCCGGGGUCUAAGACGGCUCAGCUCAUUGAGAUGCUUCAUGCUGAACAGACCUUUGGAUGGCCAGAGGGCUUCGUGAUUGGUAACGACGAUGACAACAAACGCUGCUACAUCAUGGUACACCAGGCCAAGCGACUCAACAGUCCCUGCUGUAUGGUCGUUAACCAUGAUGCAUCAGUGUUUCCGCGGUUACAGGUUCCGGGACCAAACGGAGAGAUGACCAACAUUGAAUAUGAUAGGAUACUGUGUGACGUUCCCUGCGGGGGAGAUGGUACAAUGAGAAAGAACUGUGCCAUUUGGAAGAAAUGGACACCCCUUAGUGGUAUCAACCUUCACCCGCUCCAGCGAAGGAUCCUCCUAAGAGGGAUAGAGCUCUUAGCUGUCGGCGGACGCCUGGUCUACUCGACGUGUUCAUUCAAUCCUGUUGAGAAUGAAGCCGUCAUUGCUAGUGUCCUCAAACAAAGUGAAGGAGCUGUGGAGUUAGUGGAUGUAUCAAAUGAGCUUCCUGGACUGAAACGUCAGCCAGGAAGAACAUCAUGGAAGGUGAUAGACGACAAGGGUGAGAUCUUCACUUCAAUGGAGGAUGUUGAAGAGAGAGAACAGCCGGAUAAGAGCAGGAGAUAUAAACCUUCUUUCUGGCCUCCAUCUGAAGAGGACGCAAAGAAUAUCAAUCUAACUAGGUGUGUUCGCAUCCUUCCCCACGACCAAGAUACCGGAGGCUUCUUUGUGGCUGUCCUCCAAAAGACGCGGCCGUUACCAUGGAUGAAACAAGGCAAGGACAGUAGCCAAGAAAGCGCACAAGAAGACACCACUUCUGACCAAUCAUCUGCAGUGGAGACCAGUGAAACCAACAAACCAGGUGCAUCAACUCAUGAUACAAGCCAAGAGAGUACAACCAGCCAAGAGACUACAACCAGCCAAGAGACUACAACCAGCCAAGAGAGUACAACGACAGAAAACUCAGAACAAAAAUCAUCAGAUGCAAAUGGAUCACAAUCAGGACCUCCAGCCAAGAAGCCAAGGUUUUCGAACUUCAAGGAAGAUCCCUUUGUGUACUUCAAGGAGAGUGAGGAGAUCUGGCCUCCCAUCAAGAAGUUCUACGAUGUGGAAGACUCCUUCCCCAUCACUCAACUCCUGACCCGAUGCCACGUCGGCAAGAAACGUAACCUCUACCUUACCAACAAACUCAUCAAGGGCAUCUUGGAACACAAUAUAGAUAGGCUCAAGGUCAUCAACUCUGGGGUGCGUGUCUUGGCAAGGAGCGAUGCCCGCGAGGUGGCCUGUGAUUUUAGGCUUUCACAAGAGGGCAUCAAUGUACUGUACCCUUACCUGAGAAUGAGGAAGCUUACCAUUACAAGGGAGGAUGUGAUCACUCUCUUCUCCGAGGAAGCACCCUUCACCAAACACUUCUCAGAAGGCAUCAGGGAUAUACUGGAGGAAACACCCAUGGGAGCAGUCAUUCUCACCUACUACCCUAAAACAGAGAAUGGAGCGGAACCGGAGUCGCCGUUCAUCGUGGUAGCAUGGAGAGGGAAGACGUCCCUGCGCUCUUACGUCGCUAAGAACGACCGGCAGCACAUCCUCCGGAUGGUGGGAGGACCGGUCGAGGCCUACAAGAAACCAGCGAGGACUUAUACAGGAGAGAGCUCCUCUAACCCUUCUGAAAGCGCAGAAGGGAAGACGGAGGGUAGAGAGGGAGGUGACGGUGAUGCGGUUGUAGAGGAUGCAGUUGUUGUCGAGGAGGACGGGGCCGAGGGAGAAGAUGAAGGGAAGGAAGGAGAGGAUGGAGGGAAGGAGGAACAGGAGAAAGAUGAUGUGAUGGUAGUGGGCGAGGAUGGAAAUAAAGAAGAAGAGGAGAAGAAUGGAGACAAGUAGAGGAGCAUGUUGUUAGACCAUGCAGGUGUUGUCACAAAGGACGGGGAUGCGGGAGAGGAUGGAGGGAACGAGGAACAAGAUGAAGAUGACAAGAUGGAAAUAGGCGCGGAUUGAAGAAAGAGGAAGAGUACAAUGAGAAGAAUGGAAAUGAGUAGAAGAAAAUGAUCCUAAUGAUUACUGGGAGAGGAUGGCAGAAAGCAAACCUUUAUGCAGAGGGUAGCCUAGUCAGCAAAAAGGAUACAUUUGGAAAUUAAGAUGAUAUAAUGAAAGGACUAAUACAGAGAGACCAGUAAAUGGGCAUCUGAAACUGAAAAAGGGAAGACAAAGAUGGUUUGGUGACAUAGAAAGCACACAAAGGUCGAAAGAUCCAUUAUGGUAAAAAUUGGUGGAAAGAAUACUGAUUUAUGUGAAGGAAUACUGUGUAUUAAUGAAUACUGAUGUAUGUGAAAGAAAGGAAAUAAUCUAGGUGCGGAGAUCUCACUAGCACAUUGUCCAAAAUUGUAAACGAGUAGCCUCAAGUAAACAGAUAUUGUUUCAUGAUCAAAAGCACUUUUUAACCUUCUAUAGUAUACAUUACAUUACAGGAAACUGUUUGCCCUUUGUUGAAUUUAGUGAAUUAUGGCUCUUAAAAGCCUUCUGAUGAUAGUGAAAGAAUACUGAUAUAUGUGAAGGAAUAUGAAUAAAUGUGCAAGAAGGUAAUAAACAUACCUAGAAAUAGUAUCUUGCUGUGGAAAGCGUACAGGUAUGAGGAACAGACAAAUACAAGAUAAAAUACAAUAUCAAGAUAAUGGAUAUUGUUUCCUAAACCAAAGCUCUAGUGUUAAUAACCAUGGAUAGUGGUUUGAAUUCACGGUUUAUAAAUGUGUUUUUCCUGGGGACCUAGUGACGAGUUAUUCCAUUAACAUAUUAUUGAAGAAUGAACUACAAUACUUGGAAUCCAGUCUGCAUACAUUACUUGUUGCUAUGUCAGACAUCCCUUCAAGUUGUUAAGAACAACAAUUGUUUUUAAAAAUUGUGUAAAAUUUGAAUAUGUUAAUUAAUAACCUCUCUGUAGAGUACCAAAGGACUAACUGGCUGGAGCUGGGCAAAUUCAAUGUUUGGCGCUGAUGUGAUCAUCACGCCAUUGUUUAGCACAAAUUGUUUGGAAGUUUGGAACCAGCAACCUUGACAACUUGGCUAAUAUGACUAUUUAUGGUCCAGAUUAACUAAACAUAGCUUUGCAGCACCCCAGGGGAUAGUUUAGAAAAGCCAAAGUAUUUUGUGCAGCUUCUCCUUCAAAGUAUGCAUUGACAUGUUCUUUACCCUUGCCUGUAUUCUUGUCAAGAGAAUAUGCACCUAGCCCUAGGUAGUUUUUUUAUCUAUGAAAAAUCCCCCACGCUUGGUAUUAGUACCAAGGGUGUUCCGCAUAAACGCGGUCUCUGCAUGUAGUAUCUAUUUUUUUUAAGAAGAUUUAGACACAUAUUAUACUAAGACGAGAUCGUGUUUGUGCUACAGGAUUGCAUGACACGAGCUCCUGCAACAGUUGCUUCACCAACAAUCUCCUACACUAAAUGAAUUCCUAACUAAGAGAGCCAAGAUUGUGUAAUAAAGAAAAUAUCACAAAUAUUGCUUGUAAAUGAGCCUUUCUUGAAUCUGAGUUGACAAUACAUUGUCAUAUUUUCUUUUAAAGUGCACAACAUUAUUUUGAACCAGUAAGCAAUUGCAUUAACAAUGGGUAAGGUUUUUGACACAUAUUCAUUGCUUCAGCCCAAAUUUGGGUCAAGAGGAUUUUCUCAAUACUUUUUGUGGCAGCAUGGUUAGGAAUAAGUAUAUUAGUUACUCUUUAAAAUGGAAUAUAUUUCUUUGUCAAACAGGUUAUAACUUUUAAAUGGGAAUCUUCCAAACCUGGGUAUCCUUUUUUCUACAUGCACUGCACAUGACAAAAGUGAGCGUUAACUGUGAAUAUGUCACAUUCCACUGACCAAAUUGCCAAUCUAAAACUUCGCAUAGAUAUGGUGAUCCCAUUUUCCGAACAUUCAAAACUUUCUCAUUAAGCCUGGGUCACAAAUGCCUUUAUGAACUGUUACGAACGCCGUAUAAACGAUUUUCAGACAAUGGAAAAACAGGGAGAUUCGUACAAACCUUUGUGACCGUAGCAUUAUUUGCCUGAUUGAAUUCAAACAUUUGCCAUUCUGUUUCAAAGGUUGGAGUGUCCAUUAAAGUGGCCACGCACUGUUCAGGCAGAUAUUCGAAGGUAUCUUAUUUAUUAUCUAAUUUUCAUGAGCAAAGGGCGUCAGAUUUAGUGAAGUUGCACAGCUUUGUCUAGUAGCAUUCAGGGCCCCGUUGAACAAAACUUACCAUUGAUGAUAACUUUGCCACCAAUGGCAACUGCCAUGGAAACCUUGAUUUUGAUUGGCUGUUGAGCCCCGUUUUACCAUUGUAUUUGCCAUUGAUGGCAAAGUUACCAUCAAUGGUAAGUUUCAUGCAACGAGCCCUGGUAUUUUUUAAUAAAAUUUAAUUUCUCGAUACUGCUUUGUUUUUUAAUAAUUUUUAUGAGACCAUCUACUUUUUCUGUCUUUAUCAUGUUACAUGUAUUUUCUUCUUUUUUGAAAAACUACUAAGCCAUCUGAUGUAGUGAUCACAUAAUCUGUAUAAUCAAAAUGAUGUUAAUAAAAGUAUGCUAUUGAUGAAUUUUUAACAUAAAA